UACCUUUAAGCCUAAAGUAUACUUCGGUGAAACGUGAACGCUGAGCAUUUGCAAACAGGACACGUGACACAAAUCUCGUCAUAAGCAGAGUGCACGAGCACUGAACGUGCGCAGCCCGAUUUUUCUAACUGCGCAUCUUUGAACGCACAGAAUGCACCUGGAAUUAUUUGCACUAAUUAGUGUAUCCACAAGGUGGCAAUGUCACAUUUGAGCCACUGUUGUUGUCACAUUUAAAUGUGUUUUUGUUCAUGUUUUGUAUUCAUGUCUUUUAUUUUGAAAGUUUAGUUCCUUGUUCCUGUUUCCUCUUUCUGGUCAUGUGAUAUCCUGUUUCACUCCAUGUUCGUGUGUCUUGUUCUCAUUGGUUUAUUGUCUUGUUAACUUGUUAUCAGUCUUGUCGUGUCAUUGGUUCAUGUUUUAGUAAUCUUGUUAUCAUGUUCAUUAGUUUAGUCUCGUCAUUGGUUGUCUGUCAUGUGGUUACCCAUGUCCAUGUAUUUAAGCCCUCAUGUUUGCCACUGUCUUUUGUUGAGUAUUGUUGGUGUAAUGUCGUGCUAGUCUUCAUGCUAUAAGUCAAGUCAAUACAAGUCAAGUCAAGUCAAGUCAAGUCCAGUCCAUGUUUAUGUCACUUUGUUUUGAUAAUUUCACGCUGGGAUUUCAUGUUUGGAUUUCAUCUUGUAAAAUAAAAUCAUUAUCGUCCUCGUUCAUUCCUGUGUUCAGCCUGUCCUGCCUGCUCUGAAACAUUACUGAAUACUCGACCUACUAUGAACUCAGCAGUUAAACUUCUGCGGUUACGCCAGGGAAAUCGUCCCCUCAAGGACUACGUGGCUGAGUUUUGUGGACUGUGUCACUUGGUGGACUUUAAUGAUAUUGCCCUCAAAGACCUUUUUCGUGUGGGCUUAAAUGAGACAGUCUGCUCAAUGAUGCCUGGAGGCAAAAUUCAAUGGACUCUGGCUCAGUUCAUGGACUAUGCCCUGGUGCUGAGCGGUUCGUCUUUCACUGUGGGAGUGGCUGAUGAGGGACUCAGCACUCCCACAAAGGCUGCUACAUCUGUAUCGUCUGCCACGGUUCACGAACCAGCAUCCACGGUCCACGAGCCAGCGCCCACACCUGCCAUGGUCCACAAGCCAGCGCCCACGCCUGCCACAUUCCACAAGCCCACGCCUACCACAUUCCACAAGCCCACGCCUGCCACAUUCCACGAGCCAGUGUCCACGCCUGCCACGUUCCACGAGCCAGCGCCCACGCCUGCCAUUGUCAAUGAGCCAACGGCCAUGCCUGCCAUGGUCAGCGAGUCGAUGCCCACACCUGCCAUGGUCAAGAGCCAGUUCUUGAAUCCUCGUCCAUCCCAGAGCCACCGUUGCAAGCCUCGUCCAUCCCAGAGCCCUGCCACGGCUCUGCCCUCGAAGCCUUCCACAGCAGAGUUCACGACCAUGGAGGUUGUUCCCCAGUCACUGCCUGUGCUCACGACCACAGAGGUCGUUCCCCUGUCACUGCCAGUUUUCACGGCCACGGAGGCCAUUCCCCUGUUACUGCCUGUGUCCACUACCACAGAGGCCGUUCCCCCUUCAAUGCCAGUGCCCAUGACCACGGAGGUCGUUCCCUCGUCACUGUCUGUACGCACGACCAUGGAGACUGUUACCCUGCCACUGCCUGUGCUCACAGCUCACCAGACCCCGCUACCUUCCUGGAGCCGCCACCCAAACCGCCAGACCCUGCUCCCUUCCUGGAGCCACUUCUCUGGCCACUGGCUCCGCACUUGUCUCCUGCUCCACGCCCUGUCUCGCCAAGCCAUGCUCCAUGCCCUGUCUCGCCAGGCCAUGCCUCAAGGACCCCACCAGCUCCCUAUUGAACUCUUGUUUGUUUUGCUUUUGUUUGGGCGCCGGAAGCCGCCCCUUGAGGGGGGAAUAUAUCACGUUUUGAUCAUGUUUUGUGUUCAUAUCUUUUAAUAUGAAAGUUUAGUUCCUUGUUCUGUUUCCUUUUUCUGGUCAUGUGAUAUCCUGUUUCCCUCCAUGUUCAUGUGUCUUGUUCUCAUUGGUUUAUUGUCUUGUUAACUCGUUAUUAGUCGUGUCAUUGUUUCAUGUUUUAGUAAUCUUGUUAUCAUGUUCAUUAGUUUAGUCUGUCAUGUGGUUAUCCAUGUCCAUGUAUUUAAGCCCUCAUGUUUGCCAUUAUCUUUUGAGUAUUGUUGGUGUGACGUCAUGCUAGUCUUCAUGCUAUUAGUAAAGUCAAGUCAAGUCCAUUUAUAUUUAUGUCACUUUGUUUUGAUAAUUUCACGCUGGGAUUUCAUGUUUGGAUUUCACCAUGUAAAUAAAACUGCACUUCUCACAUCAUCAUCAUCCUCCUUGUCCAUUCCUGUGUUCAGCCUGCCCUGCCUGCCCUGUAACAUCAUAGU